CAGACGAAGAAGAAGAACAGGAAAAGAACCGAAGAAGAAGAAGACUUGAACAUGAACAGGAGACACGCUUCAUAACAAGACAGAAAAUAACAAUCGAAAGAAUUAUUACUUUCAAUUUUUAUUAAGCUGCUGACUGAAUUAGGAGCAUGUUGUGUUAUCCUAAAUAGGGGCUAAAAAGAAGGGGAAGCGCAACAAGCUCCUCUUACUGCACUUAAAACCAAGUCUGAACUUGCUGACACAGUCCAGGAUUUAUCACGCAGAUGGAACAGCAAGAGGAGCCUCUGUAUGACUUCCCUGAGCCCAGCCAGAAAUCAGAGCGCAAGUUCCUAGGCCACCAAAGAGGAUGUGGAUCCCUGAGGAGCAUCAGUGUACUGGACCGGCUCUUGUUGACGGUCCCCGUAUGGCUCCAGCUGUCAAUCAACCCUGCCACUGCCCUCCACAUACUGCAAAGGGAGCCUCCAGGGACAUUCUUGGUGCGCAAGUCUCGCACGUCCAAGAGAAAUGUGCUGUGUGUGCGCCUUGUGGAUGAAAGCGUGCCAUCCUUUGUGCAGCAGUUUGGUAUCAGGGACGAACAUUCAACUCUGUCUCUUGAGACUUCAGCCAUCAGCUUUCCAGAUCUCCCAAGACUCAUUUCAUUCUACUGUGUCAGCAGAGAUGUAUUACCGUUCCCUCUGGAGCUUCCUGAAGCCAUCGCUAAAGCAACCUCCCACAAGGAGCUUGAGUCCAUCUCGCAUAUGGGAAUAGAAUUCUGGAGCUCACACCUGAAUGUCCGUGGGCCACGAGAGGCCCUGAAGACCCAGAAGAAUGAGGAGAAGACCCCGGACUCUCCCAUCUCAGCCCCACCCACUUCCAACUCACAAACAAUCCCUGCGUCCCAACUCGAUUCCGCCCCGCAGCCUGACUCAGAGCUUAAAUCUAUUCCUGAAUCGGACCCCAAUUCCGCCCUGUUCCGCGAGUUCUGCCCAAUCGAGACGCGUAGCCCCAGAGAGCUGGACUGCGGCUCGGGCCUGGGUGCUCUCUGCUUCAUCAACCCUCUCUUCUUGCAGUCUCACAGCAUCCUGUCUAAACGCCGCCUGAUGAAACGCAGCUUCAAGGUCCGGGUGUCCACCGAGACAACCACUCUGCUGUCGCCCCCGCUCGCUCCACCACCCCCGCCUCCCUUGAUGCCCAAAACUAAAGGAAAAUGUAAAGCUUUGAAGCAGACUGGGUCUCAGAACAACAGACAGGACUCCCCAGAGGAGGCCCAGGAACAGGGUCAAACACAAAUGGAAGCCACACAACUCCCAACAGUGGCGCACCAUCCACCUGACGACACAGACUACAUGCAGCCUCCCCCAGCCUUAACAUCCCGUUCUCCAUCUCUCUCUCCUUAUCUAGCACCACCCCUUCCCCCCAAAAUAUCAUCUACCCUUCACAGCCCUUCCGGCACUUCAGCCACCCACUAUCAAUUUCCAUCACUUUCACCCAAGGCUCCUAGUGCUUCAAUUUCUCCCUAUCAGUCCCCAUCUUCUUCCCCUUUCUCUCUGUCACCAUUCUUUUCCCCAUCCUUGUCUCAGCUGGCAGAGACCACCAAACAAAAAACACCCGAUUCCACAGGAAUUCCAAAGCAAAGCCUAGAGAUGGCAUCCAGGGUCGAAAUAAAUGAGUAUGAUGAAGUGGAGGGACUACACAAAGAAAUGGAAGCAGCUACAGUUGAUGACACAGGGAGUUGUAAUUCCUCCGGUAGCCGUAGGGAGGCAGCGGAGACGCCACAACAGACCGCAGUACUCCUACCAAGCAAUGACACUGCAAACUUUUAACCAACGCAGUAAAUUUGUUAUUGGAGGCAUCAAUUAUACAUGGUGACAGUAUUGCACAAUAGUUUAAUUCGAAUAAUUGGAAUGCGUAAGCUACAAUUUGGGCCUUAUAUGUACAGUAUAUAUGCACACACAAAUAAGCAGCAAGCACAAAAGAUUUCUAUCAAAUAUUUUAUUUUGGAACAUAUUUUCUGUCUUAAGAUGCACAAUAUUUGAAUACUGUCAUGUUAUUUCUUCCUCUUAAACCAGGUAAAACAUGUUUUGACAUCCAAAAUGAAGAAAUGGCAGUAUUUUAACUUGCAGAAUCAUCAACAAAGAGACAAGUUGAAUCAAUGCAUGUGUUUAACUUGUCAUGGACAGUACGACCAUAUCAAAGAACUUUUUUAUUCUGUCAGCAAAUAGACAUUUGUCAUCAUGAAAUGAAUGAAAUAUUAACCAUGUGAACUAGCGCUGUGGUUUUGUCUACAGUAGAUUUAAUAGAUCGCACUUUUUGGCUUUGAGUAACAUGUGAGUCAGUUAGUUUUAUGAGAACUAAUCUAAGAGCCACUAAAGUCUAAUUGGAUCCUCAAGGACGAGACGGCCAUCAACACCAACAGGAACAAUCUACUCUGCUCAACUCCAAGAGGUCGGCUUCUAGUUUGUCGUCGUCUUGGAAGCGCUCAGUGAAGGACUGAAUCAAGCCUGAUGCACUGCCUUCGUAUUCUACCAGCUCAAUGCUCUCCUCUGGGGGACACAAAAUAGACAUGCAAAUUAGAUCGAUACUUUAUUAAUCUCCAAGAGAAAUUCACAUUUCCAGCAGCUUUGCAAA